AACGAUAUGAAAUCGAUUUUAAUAACGGGUUGCAAUCGAGGAUUGGGUUUGGGAUUGGUCAAGACGUUCCUCAAUUUACCAAAACCACCGAAAUAUGUAUUUGCAACAUGCCGUAAUAUUGAACAAGCAGUGGAUCUUAAAGAACUUGGCACUCAAAACGAUAACCUUCAUAUUCUCGAGAUUGAUUUGAAACACUUCGAUGCCUAUGCUAAACUAGUAACCGAUGUUAGCAACGUCGUCAAAGAUGAUGGACUUAAUGUACUCUUUAACAAUGCUGGGAUAGCCUCAAAGUCCACACGUCUCAAUUUCGUACAAGCUGAUUCAAUGAUUGACAACUUAACCACAAACACUGUUGUUCCUGUUAUGAUGGCAAAGGCCUUUGCACCUCUUAUCAACAAAGCUGCUAAAGCCAACGAUUCCCUACCGAUGGGUUUGAGUAGAGCUGCCAUUAUUAAUAUGAGUUCCAUUCUUGGCUCAAUUCAAAAGAAUGACUCUGGAGGCAUGUACGCAUACAGAACUUCAAAAGCUGGUCUUAAUGCUGCUACCAAAUCAAUGAGCCUCGAUUUAAAGGACGGCAAAGUACUCUGUGUGAGCAUCCAUCCAGGUUGGGUGCGUACCGACAUGGGUGGUGCCAAAGCCCCACUCGAUGUUGAGUCAAGCACCAAGACCAUGGUAGAGACUUUGAUGUCUAUGAAUGAGGCCCACAAUGGUGGCUUUUUCGAGCACAAUGGCAAACCUUUGCCAUGGUAAAAAGGAGAGUAAUCACUUCUAUACCCGUCCUGCAUUUUGUGGAUGUCGCUUUGUUUUCAUAAAAAUAUAAUUAAUUUGUUUUUUUAUUUAAAAUAAAUAUAACAGUAGUUGAA